AUGUGUGAAGCAGACCAGUCACCGCCAAAAGAGCAGCGAGUCAUAGAACCCGAAGCACAGUCAAGAAUGGGCGCGCUUUCUCCACAAUCACCAUUCAUGGAUCGCACAAAACACUUGGUUGACCUGAUGACGGACAGAGAAUUUAUCACGCCGUAUUCUGAUGCCGUCGAGGCUAAAGACAACGACCGCACAUCAUUGAACGACAUGGAAAAGUUUGAGACUAGUGGAGCUGCAGGUGCAGAUAUCGAUGAAGGUGUAUGGCACGAACGCGCACCCUGGGCUGCACCAACGCUACCCAGCCCGAAUGCCCUCGCAGGCCUUGCCGGCCCACCUGACUUUCAUCUGGAAUCAACACCAUCUCGGGAAGCAGCGAACAGCCCUUCCUCGCGAACGCAUGCGGAAUCAGUCCCGGUACCUCCGCGCCGUCUCGCUUCCCUCUUGAACAAGGCUAUCAACUACUUCGGCACCUGCAUUGGUAACUACUUCACAUCCGCGCCCGGCGUGAUCGAGUACUCCGGUGCGGAUAUCUUGCGAAACACUCAAAUUGGUAUUGAGGCGGAAGAAAUCGUAUUCCAGGAUAAAGUUGCAGUGAUCAAGAUCCUAGCUAUCGUCACCGAUAGCUCUGGCGCAGGCAGAGAGAAAGAUGAGAAAUACGAGGCAGUAGAAAGGCGUGUGGAGUUACGAGCAAAGCCUAAGCGAGUGAAAGAGAUUUUGCGAGGGGAGAGAUAUUACAUUGCGGAAGAUUUCUAUAGGAAGGAAAUUCGGCUCGCGUUUAAAGCUUUAGGAAAGUUGUGA